AUGGAGGUGCAACGGCUGCCGGUGAUCGCGAAGGAGUGCUCACGGCAUGACGGGGACUCGCUACAGUGGCGUCGCGGCGUGACGGGAUUUCUGUUCGCGGCGUGGGAGGAGAGCAGAUUGUGGCAUCGCGGCGUGGGGGCACUCGCUGGUUCACUUCCGGUGAGAGGAGAAGCUGCGAAGUUGCUGUUGGCUCACGGCAGAGGCGGCUUCGAGAGGGGAUGGGUCACUGCUGCUAGGUUGCCGGACGACGCUGCAAGGUUGCCGGAGGAGAAGCUACUCGUCGGAAAAUCACGUUCGCAAGUGUUCACGUCGCCGGGCUCGCGGGCUGCUCGAAGGACGAACAAAAGUCGUCGGAACUCGCUGCAAGGGAUCGUCGGAGAUCGCUGCACGAGUUGCUGCGAGAAGGGCUCGCCGGCGGUCGUGGACUGCUCACAGAAACACAAUCCCGCCGGAAGUUGCAGGCCGCCGGAAUUUCGAACAGAGGAGGAUGGCGAGAUGAAGAAGUCUUGCUCACGAACGAAUGACGAGAUAGCGACGAUGAUGACGACCAGGACCCCCAACACAAAAAUUCGCAACGAACAGCCAUUUGAGAAACUUCUACAACCUUUGUUUGAUUUGCGCAAAUCGAACAAAUCCAGAUAUCGCCAGAUCCUUCUCUCUUCUGCCUCCGACGGCGAGGCUCACCUCGACAGACUCUGCGCUAGCAUUAGCUUUCGCACUAUGCUCUCCUACGAUGCCUCGUACUCUGAUGCCACAGCGGAGGCCCAAGAUCCAUUGCUCAAGCGGCCAAAGACCGAACGGUCGUACAAUUUCUUCUACGACGUGAUGCUGCCACCGUUCCAUAGCCAGUUGUUGAGCCUCCAGUCCCCGAGCAAGCCCAGAAGAAACCCCCAAACCCUAGAUUUGUAA